AGUUCCAUCUCAGCAUCAAUCGUCGACAAAUACAAUUACAGUCGUCAAUACAGCACCAUCUCAGCAGCAAUCACCGACAACAACUUCAAGUACAGUUGUAAAUUCAGUGCCAUCUCAGCAGCAAUCACCGACAACAACAAAAAAUACAGUCGUCAAUUCAGUACCAUCUCACCAACAAUCACCAACACCAACUACAAAUUUAAUUGUCAAUUCAGCCACAUCUCAGCAGCAAUCACCGACAACAGUUACAAAUGCAGUCGUCAAUUCAGUGCCAUCUCAGCAGCAAUCACCGAAUACAGCUACAAAUACAGUCGUCAUUUCAGCCUCAUCUCAGCAGCAGUCACCGACAACAUUUACAAAUUCAGUCGUCAAUUCAGUGCCAUCUCAGCAACAAUCACCGACAACAACUACAAAUACAGUUGUCAAUUCAAUUUUAAACCAGCAGCAAUCACAGACAACAACAACAAAUAA